CGGCGUUCCUUAUAUAUAAUAAGACGAGAGUGGGGCUGCGCCAAUCGCAUUGAAGAGGGGAUCACGCUCGAACGCCAUUGGUCGGACGAAUGGUUCAAGAUUUUGUAUAUAUACGAACCGUACUAUUUGUAGCGACCAUUCGAUUGGCGCAUUCAGCCUGUGCUGUUGGAUUUUCCACGGUUUUAUUUAUAUCUUCUAAUAUCAUUAAAAUGUCUGGACGAAGCAGUGAUAGUAAAUCGAAAGGGAAGAUUACUAUUAAAUCACGAUCUCUCCGAGCUGGUUUACAAUUUCCUGUUGGCCGUAUCCAUCGACUUUUAAGGAAGGGUAACUAUGCCGAACGUGUAGGUGCUGGUGCACCUGUAUACCUGGCUGCAGUAUUGGAAUAUCUUGCUGCUGAAGUUUUAGAAUUGACUGGAAAUGCAGCACGUGAUAAUAAAAAAACCAGAAUAGUUCCGAGGCAUGUACAACUUGCCAUACGUCACGAUGAAGAAUUGAACAAAGUACUAUCUGGUGUAACUAUCGCUCAAGGGGGUGUAUUGCCGAACAUUCAAAGUGUUUUAUUACCAAAAAAGACAGAGAAGAAAGCAUAAUCUAUUAUGCGAUUUUAAACGGCCCUUUUUAGGGCCAAA